AUGGUAAGAGCAGCAGUGGCGGUCCAGAGCAUUAAGUUGAACGAUGAGAAGACGGCUGCCGACCGGGUGGAGCCGCAGACGAUACCAGAGCAGAAAAGCAGGUGCGUCAAGAAGACGGCGCAGCGCAAUGAACCCAGAGAAGUAGAAGGGGACGUUGGUGACCUCAAGAGCAAGAACGGCCCGAUCAUUGCCAACAAGUCGUGGACUAUCAUUUCGCAUCCAAAAACAGCUUGCCGACUUGAGCAUGGCCGAUGA